AUGGCGGUGGCGCCGAAGGUGGAGGGCUUCACGCACGCCGAGAUCGCUGAGUUCGAGGCGGCCUUCCAGGCCGCCGUCAGCGAGCAGGCCACCAUGUCCGCCCCGAGCGGGGCCAGGGACGAGGCCAGAGGACUUGACACGCUGGCAGUGGGGCGCGUGUUGCGGUGGUUCGGCAUCUCGACCAACUUGCAGCAGGUGCAUCAGCUCCUCGAGGAGCUCGAUUUCGACAACAGCGGGCUCAUCGAGUUCACCGAGUUCAUCAAGAUGAUGAGGAGACUCUACCAGGACCACGCGAACCAGGUGCGCUUCCUCUUCAACAAGCUCGACCGCCAGAGAUCUGGCCUCAUCCCGGUGUCGGAGCUCCCGAACGCCGUCCUCGUUUUCGAGGGCGCUCUCGGCGACCCGGACCUGGUGGCCACGGCCAGGGCGCAGGCCAAACUGCCGGAGACUGGCUUCGUCGACCGGCCCGGCUUCGAGGAGUUCUUCCGCCAGUGGCGCAAGGUGGCCAUCGAUCAGGUCCGAGCCCGGGCUGGCUACAGCACGCUGGAGGUGUCCCGGCUGCGGGAGGCCUUCCAGACGAUCGACAGGGAGCCGCGUCAGUGGACGACGGCCCAGUCCAAGGUUUACCCUGAGCCUCUUUGUCGCUUGCUCGCCUCCGCUAUGCUUUCUGCCAUCCACCUGGCCUUCCCAUCCUGUCACGGGUCGAGUGUCGAUUGGGAGCUCCAUGAGUGGGCUGCGGAUUUCUUCAUUCCGCUCGACCGCUACAUGGAUCAUGCCAUGGCCAACGACUGCAUGGCUCACAGGGAUGCUGGAUAACGGGGGCUGUCCUGCCCCCCCCCCCCCUCGUGGGGCGCGGAGGGUGUGCUCGGGUCGUGGUCCGCCUCUUCCCUCCCCUCUGCACGUGCAUGUGUUUCACAUUUUCCGUCUUUGCUCUUUUCUGC